AUGGAUCUGCCAAAUUUUCGCUCCUACACAUCUCCAUUGCCACAUUUGGCCUUCUCCUCGAGCUUUUUCAACAAUCUUACUAUCACUCAAGCUGCUGAAUACUCCUAUCCAACUAUUGCCCCUAUCGGAUCUGUCAGUUCUGCUAGAUUUUUACCCGAAGUUCCCUUUUCUGCUGCAGCUACAGUCAUUAUAUCUGGCGAGGUCAUACCAAACUAUAAUGAUCUGAAAUUUCUGACCUCCAGCAUCGAGAAUGAAUAUACAGCAGGUUCACGAUCAGCUGAAGUGAGGUUCCGUUACAAUGGGACAGAAAGGUGCAUGGUCUAUCAUUUCUCAAAGCUUGAACUUAUUCGGAACUGCUCUAACUAUGAGCCGGCCAUUAUCUCCUAUCGACACCUUUUGAUGCACAUCCAGUCAGGACCCUUCAACCUUGGCUCAGCUUUCGAGACGUUCCGGAAUUCACUGGUUACUUCGAAAAUACAAGGAUUUUAUGUCUCUGACUUCCAGCUUGACAAGCUAGGAUGCUUGUUAGGGGAGUCAUGGCUUGAGGAAGACAUAUUCAAUGCCCUCCUUGAGUUCUCCUAUUUCCAAAACACCCAUUACACCUUGAGUUCUGAGCAAAAUUCCAGCACAAUACUCCUCCCUACUAGUGUUUGA